AUGUCCAGUAUGUCUGGGUGGGUAGAAAAAUACGAUUGUAUAUUACAGUUCUCUUCAGGACUAGGUUCAAUAAUUGAUGCUUUAGAUGAAAUAUCAGACUGGGAUGAUAUUAGCACCGCAUCUAAGGCAUUUUGUUUAUCUAAAUCAGUAACUACUCCUGAGUUUCUUUUAACGCUAAAUAUUGUUUCUGAAAUGUUUAUAAUAACAUCACCAAUCGCUAAAUUGUUACAAUCUAAAUGUCAAGAUAAAUUAUCAGCUACGACAUUAAUUAAAUCUGUAAUUUCCGUUUUGAAAAAGAAGCGUUUGAACAGUGAUGAAUGUUUCAAUAAAAUAUUUGAAAACACAAAACAAAAGCUAGUCAAUUUAGGACUAUCAGACAUAAAUAUGCCAAGAUUAACAAGCUCGAUGAAAAAUAGAGAAAAUCCUCAAGUAGAAACAGCUGAAAAAUACUAUAAAAUUGUCCUUUUUAUUCCUUUUUUGGAUGAAUUAUUAGCUGAUUUAGAAUCAAGAUUUGACGAAGCUUCACUAUCAGUAUAUGAUCUUGAUGUAGUCCUGCCAAAUAUAAUUGAGAAAAAAGAUAUUUUUAACGAUAAGACUAAAAUAGAAAAUAAGAUUUUAAACGUGGUUAAUCAAUUUGGUGAUGUAGUAUCAAAUUAUUUAAAUAUAUCUCAUGAUAUAUUUGAAAAACGCAUAACUGGAGAAUUAACCCUUUGGCACGAAUAUUGGCUCAACGAAAAGCAACUACCUGUGACUCAUGUUGAUGCUUUAAAACGUUGUGACUACGACUGUUUUCCUGAAAUCAAUAUUCUAUUAAAUAUACUUUUGACAUUACCAGCGACCACUGCAUCAGCAGAACGCAAUUUUUCAUCUCUGAGGCGGAUAAAGACAUGGAUGAGAACAAGAAUUUCGGAAGAUCGAUUGAAUGGACUGGCUUUACUACAUGCUCAUCGUGAUAUAACAAUAAACUCUGAGGAUGUGAUUGAUGUAUUUGCAAAAUCUAAUAGAAGACUUGAUUUUGUAAUUUAAAUUUAGUGACUAUGUACGUUUUUUAUCUUUUUAAUAUUUAUAUUCAUGGCUCAUGUUUUAGUUUUAAGUUCACUAUUUGGAAUUUAUCAAUUGAUUAUAAAGUUGUAUUAACCAUAACUGUUUCGUGUAAGUUAUUUUUGAACACAAAUAUGUGCGCUUGGCCACAUAUUAUAUUUUAUUAGAUAUUUUAUUUUGUAUGUAAAAUAUUCGCCCCCCCCCCCUAAUCUCGGGCU